AUGUUCAAAUUGACAUUUUUAUUAUCUUGCGUAGUAGCUAUUACAGUAGCUGAUCCUGGAUACCUUGGAGGUGCUUACGGAUUAGGUAACGGGUAUGGAUAUGGUGGUUAUGGAUACGGUGGUCAUGGAUAUGCAGCUAUUCCAGCAGCAGUUAGUCAUCAAUCAAAUGUUGCUAUUCAUAGUAAACCAAUUAUCACUGCACCUGUAAUCAUUAAACCACAAUUAAUUGCUGCUAUUCCAGCUGCUACCAGUCAUCAAUCACGUGUGGAUUUAAUUAGCAAACCAAUUGUAUCUUAUGCUGCUCCACAUUUAUCUUAUGGUUCUAGUUAUGUUGCAACAUCACCAAUUGUUAGUGGACUUUAUGGAAAUGGUUACAAUGGAUUAUCUGGAUACAGUUCAGCUUAUGGCCUUGGUUAUGGAUAUGGAAAUAAUUAUUAUGGAUCUCAUUAUUAA